GGAAGAUGCAUCGCCAUGCGUUGAUGGAUGACAGGGAAGUGGGGAGGAAGAAGCGAAAUGCGAGCACAAUGACAAAAUGAUGUGGAAUGAAGUCCAUUGACCUCACUGGCCCAACUUAAAGCAAAGCUCAAAGCGAGGCGAGGCGAGGCGAGGCCAGCCAUCACUCACGCUCUCUUCUCUCUCACAUUUGCCGCCACACCGGAGAAAGAAGCUCCUUUCACUAUCGCUCUUCUCUUUCCAUUUCCAAAAAGUUUCAUCUUCUGGAAAGAGAAAAAGAAAAGAGAAAUUAAAAAAAAAAAAAGGUUAGGAAGGAAUGUCGUGGAUCUGAAUUACUUCAGCGUGGGAAUUCAGGACGACGAAGACCAACACAGGAGAGAAAGUGAAAGAGGGAGAGACUCAUGGGUGGGGUAACUUCUUCUAUGGCGGCUAAGUUCGCCUUCUUCCCGCCGAACCCACCUUCCUAUAAAUUAGUCACCGACGACUUCACCGGCCUUUUGCUUCUCAGUCCCUUUCCUCACCGCGAGAACAUUGAAAUUCUCAAGUUGCCCACUCGUCGUGGCACUGAGAUUGUCGCUGUCUACAUUCGGCAUCCUAUGGCUACCUCUACCUUGCUCUACUCUCACGGUAAUGCUGCCGAUCUAGGCCAGAUGUACGAGCUCUUCAUCGAGCUAAGCAUCCAUUUGCGCGUCAAUCUCAUGGGGUAUGACUAUUCUGGGUACGGCCAAUCGUCAGGAAAGCCGAGCGAGCAGAAUACAUAUGCCGAUAUUGAAGCUGCAUACAAGUGUCUAGAAGAAAGCUAUGGCACCAAGCAGGAAGAUAUAAUUCUUUAUGGGCAAUCUGUUGGUAGUGGCCCCACUUUGGAUCUUGCAGCUAGGUUGCCUCAUUUGAGAGCUGUUGUUCUGCACAGUCCCAUAUUGUCUGGCUUAAGGGUUAUGUAUCCUGUAAAGCGUACCUACUGGUUUGACAUAUACAAGAAUAUUGACAAAAUCCCACUAGUUAAUUGUCCAGUACUCAUUAUUCAUGGGACUUCAGAUGAAGUUGUAGAUUGCUCCCAUGGCAAGCAACUGUGGGAACUGUGUAAAGAGAAGUAUGAACCACUGUGGCUCAAAGGAGGUAAUCAUUGUGAUUUGGAGCUCUUUCCUGAGUACAUCAGGCAUCUGAAGAAGUUUGUAUCCACUGUGGAGAAAUCUCCAUCACAACGAUACAGUUUUAGGAGGAGCACGGACCAGUUUGAACAGCCUAGGAAGAGUACAGAUUUUUUUGAAAUCGGUAGAAAGAGCACUGAUCGCAGAGAAAAACCUAGACAGAGCACAGACAGGCCUGAAAAACUGAAGAACUUGUCUAACAAUGUCGAUAAGCUAGAGAAAUUAAGAAUUUCUUUUGAUCACAUGGAAAGGUCUCGGAGAAGUGUAGAUUGCCACGAGAAGUCUCGAAAGAGCAUUGAUCAUCAACUGGAAAAGGCACGGAAAAGUGUUGACCGGCUAGACAGAAUAAGGACAGGAUAAAUCUUGUUAUAAGCAUAUCAUGUUCAUGCACGGGUUGGUUUUCUGGGAAUUUUUUUUUUUCCCCUUUCCUUCUUCCUUAAAUCAGUGGUCUACUGGUUGUGUAGUUUUAUGACAGAUAUAAAUAACUAUUGGCAUUCAAGGAAGGGUUUGGUGUUUCGGCUGGAUU